AUGAUACCAAAGCACCCCUUUACUCCACAGACGUCACAAAUUCCAUACAAGUUCGGUUUUAAUAAAGACAAAAUAAAAGCUGGAGAAAAAGUAGACAUAACCAUCACUGGUACAUUUAAAGGACUGUUGCUAGAAGUUCGAGAAGGAGACAACGCUGUUGGUGAAUGGGUUGUUGCAGAUACCGAUCCAGACUUUCGAACUCUUAACUGCCAUGGCAAUAAUAAUACCGCCCUUACACACAAAAAUGCUCAUUAUAAAUCUAAUGUUAAUUUAACAUGGAAAGCGCCUAAUAAAGUAGGAAAAUACAUCUUAUAUGCCACGAUUGGGACAACUGUAGAAAGUUUCUGGGCACAUGAAGCUAUUAAAUUAAUUAAUGUCGUCUAA